AGCCUCGCGCUGCCCCGGGCUGGGAGGCAGCGGGGAUGUUUGCUGUCGCUAAGUCCCCGGGGAGGAGAGAGCUGGUCUGUAAGUGUUGCAGCAUACGAAGACCCUCCGCUCGGGGCCCGUGUCUCGAGAGCCCGGGUCUAGCGGAGCAGCUCCGACUCGCGCUUUGGCUGUGGCUGCGGCCGUGCGUGCCAAGGUGAGGGCCAGCCCCCUCCGGGAGGGCGUGAAGGGGGGUGGUUGCAUCAAUUCAGGGCUUUUGGUCCAGACUGAAGACACAACAGUGCUGUUACUCUGGCACCUUUGGCUCUUGAUCAAAGUAGUCUCAGGGCAGCUGAAGCUUUUUUCCUUCUUUUUUCUUUUUUCUCCCCCCGAUGCUGGGAGAGGAGAUCCUUUUCCAGCUUCUCCAAGGAGCCGCUGCAGAUGUCGAGCAGACUUCUCUCUUUCAGGGACCAUAGUAAGCUGCGAGAUAGGGAACAGAGGAAUCGAUUCUGCCUGCUAAGAUCCAUAACAUGGUGGCAGUGCUGGAAGUGAUCUCCAGCUUGGAGAAAUAUCCCAUUACCAAAGAGGCACUUGAGGAAACGAGACUUGGGAGGCUUAUCAAUGAGGUGAGGAAGAAGACAUCCAAUGAGGAACUUGCCAAACGUGCCAAGAAAUUGUUGCGGAAUUGGCAAAAGCUGAUAGAACCUGUAACCCAGAAUGAGCCAGUGCCAAGAGGGUUGCCUAAUCCACCUGGAUCCGCAAAUGGUGGUGCUCACAACUGCAAACCAGAAGCACCGCUUCCUGCCAUGGCUGGAUCAAAGCCAAUCAGCGAAUUGAAAAGCAGGAAUGAUAUACAGAAACUAAACUCUCCAAAAACAGAGAAAUUGGGAAAUCGGAAAAGGAAAGGUGAACAUAGGGAUGGGCAUCAGGGCCCUCCUGCCCCAAAAGUCUCCAAAGCUAGUCAUGAAGUAUUACAAAACUCUUCACCCCCUCCAACGAACGGAAUUGGAGGUAGUCCUGAAAAUUUCCCUAGUCCUGUAGACGUAAACCUACAUGCAGGGCCCGAAAGCAGCAGGACAGAACUCAGUGAAAAUGACAAACACAAUAAGAUCCCAGUAAAUGCUGUAAAACCUCACACCAGUUCUCCAGGACUUGUAAAACCUUCAAGCACUUCCUCGUUAUUAAAGACUGCAGUGCUUCAGCAGCAUGAUAAAUCAGAAGAAACCACAGGACCGCACCAACCUAAGAGUCCUCGCUGUUCCUCGUUUAGCCCUAGAAACGUUAGGCAUGAUACUUUUGCUCGGCAGCAUACUACGUACUCACCAAAGGAUUCAAUGCCUAGUCCAUCUCAAAGGUCUCAGUUCUUAGAUACUGCACAGGUGCCAUCACCACCACCAUCCUUGAUGCAACCAUCAACACCUCCAAUGCCAGCGAAAAGACUGGAGUUCUCUCAGCAAUCAGUAACCGAGGUGUCUCAGCACUGGCAGGAGCAGGUACCUUCCGAAAGCCAGCACAGGCAUACCGCAGGGACGCUUCCACAGCACACAUCUCCCAGCUGCAAAACCAGCUCCCAUUCUGGGGAAUCUCUCACGCCGCACAUUGGCUUUUCACAGGACGCUUCAAAAAUGGACAGUGAUGAUGCUGCUUCAGGUUCAGAUAGUAAAAAGAAGAAAAGGUACCGACCUAGAGACUACACAGUCAACUUGGAUGGGCACGUCACAGAAGGGGGUGUGAAACCUGUGAGAUUAAAAGAGAGAAAACUUACUUUUGACCCCAUGACAGGACAGAUAAAACCUUUAACACAGAAAGAUCCUUUGCAGGUAGAAAUUCCUGCACUUACUGAACAGCACAGGACAGAAACGGAAAAGCAGGAGCAAAAACCCAACCUGCAAAGCCCUUUUGAACAAACGAACUGGAAAGAAUUAUCCAGAAAUGAAAUAAUUCAGUCAUAUUUAAACAGACAGAGUAGCUUGCUGUCUUCAUCAGGAGUACAGACUCCAGGAGCUCACUACUUCAUGUCUGAAUAUUUAAAGCAGGAGGAAAGCACUAGAAAAGAGGCUAGAAAGACUCAUGUUCUAGCUCCUAACAGCAAACCUACAGACUUGCCUGGGGUCACAAGAGAGGUCACAAGUGAUGAUCUCAACAGAAUACGUGAACAUAACUGGCCAGGCGUGAACGGUUGUUAUGAUACACAGGGUAACUGGUAUGAUUGGACACAGUGCAUAUCUUUAGAUCCACACGGGGAUGAUGGUAGAUUGAACAUCCUGCCUUAUGUCUGCCUAGACUGAGUACAGUUUUGCUAAAAUGCUUUUACAUCUGCAGUUAGCAAAAAUGGCAGACACUAUGCCACUUAACAUGGAGAAAGCCUCCUGUCCUGGACAAACAGGCCCAACGAGCAGAGGGUGUGAGGGAGCUGGUUAUUUACAGCUCUUUCCUUUAAAUUCUCCUUUUGUGAAAUGCUGCUACCAGUUUACUAACAAUUGCAAAGGAAGGCAUACGAAGGUUGAUAAAUUGAGUUCAAAACUCUAUAGCGAGCCAGCUAUAAAAAAGUGUUAGUCCCCAAGAAGUGAAGAUGAUUUCCAGCACUUUCUGAAUGCCGGAAUCUUACUACAGGCAGGUACAGAGAAAAUUGUGGAAGUUACCUUAACAAAAUAUGCAUCUAUUUAUUUGACUUGAUUUGGGUUUUUAUUUGGCAGUGAGAUAUUCGAGAGACAAUGUGCAAAAACUGUAGUUUUAUUUGUAUCACAUCUCUGAACAUGAUUGCGUUUUUAAAGUCAUGUGGUACAGAGAUUGGGUUUUAAACAGCAGGUGUUGCACUGCAGGCUGGGACACCAGCUUCAGCUCAACAUUCCAUAGGCAUCCACAUAUUUUAGUCUGGUUUCAGUUUAAAUCCAGUCUCUGAGAAAUGCUGCAAAAACUAGAUGUUUAAAGAUAUUUUUGAUCCCACCACCACCAGCCAAAUAUUUUUCCUCCUUUUCCCUUCCUGCAAUCUUCUAGGAAAAAAAAGAAAAUCACCUUUUCUAGAAUCUAAACGUAAUGAGGGUGCUACAAGUUUGUAAUUGUACUGUGAGAGGGAAAAAGGAAGCCUGUUUGUAUGCUGGAAAUAUACUUGUUACCAUUCCUUUAGAUAUUGUUUGCCUUAUGGAUAUCCAUCAUAAACGCAAUUUGCAAAAACAAAGAGCCUUAGUGAAUGUACAGUAACUAGACUUCUGUGUUCUUGGGAUGCAGAAGGGAGCAACUUUGCUAUUUGGUCCUUUAAGUGGACACAUUGUGAUAUAAAUGUGGAAAUAAAAAAAAUUUGCACAAAACA